AUGGCAGACGCCAAGAGGCUCAUCAACCUGGCCCUCUUCGGCAUGACUCAGAGCGGAAAAAGCUCUGCCGGGAACAUUCUUCUGGGAAGCACUGACUUCCAUAGCAGCUUUGCUCCACGUUCUGUGACCAAAGACUGUCGUCUGGGCCACAGUUGUCACCUCCAUGGCUUCAUGCGUCAAGGGGGGAAAGAGAUAACCCUGCAGGUCCAGGUGCUGGAUGCUCCAGGUUAUCCACACAGCAGGCUGAGCAAGAGGCAUGUGAAAUGGGAGGUUAAGGAGGCCCUGGCACGUCACUUCGGGCAAGAGGGUCUCCAUCUUGCACUGCUGGUCCAGAGAGCAGACGUGCCUCUCUGAGAACAGGAAGCAUCUUCCCCAGUCCAGAUGAUCCAGGAACUGCUGGGACAUGCUUGGAAGAAUUACACUGCCAUUCUUUUCACCCAUGCAGAAAAAAUAGAAGAGGCUGGGUUCAAUGAAGAUGAAUACUUACUUGAGGCCUCUGAUACACUGCUAAUCCUACUAAAUUCUAUUCAGCGCAGAUAUAUUUUCCAGUGUAAAAAAGGAAACUCACUUAAUGAACAAAGAAUAAAAAUCUUAGAGACAAUCGUGGAAUUUAUAAAGGAAAAUUGUUACCAAGUUCUUACCUUGAAAUAA